AGAAAAAAAAACCCUGUAUUCUGUGGUGUGGUGCAAGAGCAAGAAAUUAAUGAAAACAAGAAAAUUUUAUUUACAACAGUGUUUUUUGGUUUUUGUUUAAUUGAAACGUAAAAUCGUAAAUUUUAUUACAAAGUACAAACAUUAAAGCUUCUGUGUUUACCUAAAAUUACAAUGCACCUCGGAGUAAACAUAUCUAAUGCAUUACAACAACUGGAGAGCGUUAAAGCUGCUGUCGACCAAAGCGAUGAUCCGAAGCUGAAGGCAGCUACAAGUGAUGAUUUAAAUAUGCUCAUCAACUUGCUUGAAAGUCCCAUUUUGAAGAGUAUAGCCACACUUCACGAUUCUGUGGGAAUGUUAGCUACUCAGGUAGCCCACCAUCCUUCUAUACUUCCAAGUGAUUUUGAUAUUACACCUGCAGGUGACUUAGCAUUGCAAGCUAGAAAUCUGUAUGGUGGUAAUGAAGGAGAAGAAGAGCAACGUGUUCCCCAAGUAUCACCACCACAAAGCCUGGAAUUUGGCUCUACUUCAGAUAUUGAACGCAUGAUUGGAUUAGAUAAUGCCUCUGUGGAUUCUAAUAUGUCUCCUAAGCAGAGUCGUGGGGUUCUAGAUUUAUCACGAAACGAUGAUUCAUUAGCUUCUACAUCACACAAUAUUGUUGCUGGUGAUUGGGCUCAAGUUGAAAUCAUUAACCUUGUCAAUGAUGGCACUGGACUUGGCUUUGGUAUUAUUGGUGCAAGAACAAGUGGUGUUAUAGUUAAAACUAUACUCGCUGGUGGUGUCGCAGAUCGAGAUGGCCGCCUUAAAUCAGGAGAUCACAUAUUACAAAUAGGAGAUGUCAGUUUGAUGGAGAUGGGCUCGGAACAGGUGGCCGGUGUGUUGCGCGCGUCGGGGUCUCGCGUGCGUUUGGUCGUGGCACGCGCCGCUGAUCCCGCUACCAAUCAGCCUUCCACCGCACCCAUAGUGCCUGCUAGACUGCUAUCAGAUCCUGAGGCUCUGGACCGUUACUUGCUAGAUGCAGGGUUCGAACAAGUUUUCCACACACAGCCGACGCCUUUGCCACUCAACAAUGCGACGCGAUUUGUCUUUGACAAGUCAAUUACACCCCCACCUGAAACAGAUGCUGAAUCACCAGAAGUCGACAGAUUUACAGUGCAAUUAAAAAAAGACGAGAAUGGUCUAGGAAUCACUAUUGCUGGAUACGUCUGCGAGAAGGAGGAGUUGUCUGGUAUAUUCGUGAAGUCAGUGACGGCGGGCAGCGCGGCGGCCAUGAGCGGGCGGGUGAGGGUCAAUGACCGCAUUGUCGCCGUCGACGGCGUCUCGCUCGCCGGCAAGUCAAACCAACGCGCCGUCGACGCGCUGAAACAGAGCGGGAAUGUCGUCACUCUGGAACUGGAGAGAUACCUCCGCGGGCCAAAGUUCGAACAGCUGCAGCAAGCUAUAGCGGCGGGCGAGAGUGCAGCAGUGGCGGCGCCCCACAACCCCUUCCUGCACAUGCAUCGACCGGAGCCGCCCGUCGACCACGACAUACAGAUGACACACCUACACACCUCCGUAGACAGCGCGGUGGAGGAAGUUUCACCGUCGCCGCCCCGUUCACCGCCGACGCCGCCCUCGCAACGCUCCCACCCGCCCUUCGAGAUGCCGCGCACGCAGGAACAGAAGGAUGCCAUCAAACGGAAAUGGCAAGCUAUACUUGGUUCCGAUGUCGAAAUCGUAGUUGGCGUAGUAGUUCGCGGCGGAGGUGGGUUGGGCAUAUCCUUGGAAGGCACAGUGGACGUGGAAGGGGGUCGUGAAGUUCGUCCGCAUCACUACGUGCGAUCCGUACUGCCUGAAGGACCAGUAGGCCGCGCUGGAGUGCAUCGACCAGGAGACGAACUGUUAGAGGUGAAUGGGCACCGUUUGCUGGGCAUGAACCACUUGGAAGUGGUGUCGAUAUUAAAGGAGCUAUCGAGUGAGGUGUGCAUGGUCUGCGCCCGGCCCAAGCCACAGCCCGCGUUAGAACUGGCCCCGCCUUCUGCUACCCUUGUCAAGGCUAAAUCGGACGGUAGUUUAGCGGGUGCAGGCGCAGAAGAGGGCGGGUCGCUGUCAGCGGGCGGCAAAGUUCGUUCACGAAGCCUCGAGCCCCUAACUGGACUCGCUAUGUGGUCUUCAGAACCGCAGAUUAUUGGUAAGACCUGAAUGAAACUUAUAUUUUGUUUUAUUUUUCUUACAAAAUAUUCCCGUUUUUCAUUCAUCCAAAUAUUGCAUGUGGCGGCGACAUCUACACGCCAACAUGGAGGAACUAAUCACUCGCCUCAUCAAGAGAUGGCGCUACUGGCGCUUCGAUCAAUAAGUAUGGAGGCUGCCAGAGCCACCAGGCCAAGUAAAAGUAAACUACAGAACUAGUGAAAGGCGAACGCGGGCUCGGAUUUUCGAUUCUCGACUACCAAGAUCCGUUGCGGCCUUCCCACACGCUGGUCGUGAUCCGCUCGCUAGUGCCGGGCGGCGUCGCGCAACAAGACGGUCGGCUUAUACCCGGCGAUCGGUUGCUUUUCGUCAAUGACCAGAACUUAGAAGAUGCAAGCUUAGAACAAGCAGUGGCAGCGUUGAAAGGCGCACCGCGUGGCGUAGUCCGUAUCGGAGUGGCUAAACCUCUCCCAUUGGCCGACGCCCCGCCCCCACUACCGGCCACCGCACCCCCUACCCAAGCGUAAAACUGAACAGCAUGUCGAUUCUGUUAGAUACAAUCUCACUUAUCAUCAUCAGCCUAUAAAUGUUCCCACUGCUGGGGCACAGGCCUUCCCUAUGGAUGGAAUAGGGAGAUUGGGCCAUGACCCACCACACGGGCCCAGUGCGGAUUGGCGGGUGCUUACAAUUGAAGAUACAGCAGGAACCAACGGCUUAACGUGCCUUCCGAAGCACUGAGGAACUCGAGAUAGAAGAUUUUUGGUCACCCAUCCAAUGACCAAACAUUGCGAAAGUUGCUUUACUUCAACGACCGCAGCCGAACGCGCUAGCCACCUGCGUCAUCGAGCUCCUCCCAAUCUCACUUAAAAACUCAUUUAUUCGGAUUUAUGACCAUUGUCAAAUGUCUAUUACUGACUGCUUCAACAGUUAAUGCGACAUGUUACCAUGUGGGUGCGUAAAACAUUUCAAGCUAAUGCCUUAAAUGACAGCUAUGAAAUACGCAACUAUAGGAUUCGGAAGGGAGAUUAUAUUUUACAGAAUCGCACUGCAGUAUUCAAACAAAAACCAUACAGGUAUGAACAAUAAUAGCCUAUUUAACUGACAUAAUUAUUAUUUAGCCUAUUUAACUGAAAUUUGAUUUUUGUGACCUUUAUAACUGAGCGCGUAAGGUUGGUUAUUAUGCAUAUCGGAGUGGACCCCUCUCAUUGGCCGACGCUCCGUUGCCACUACUGGCCACUGCACACCCUUCCCAAGCGUAAAACUGAUCAAUAUUCAAACAAAACCAAUACAUGUAUGAACAAUGAUAGCCUUUUAAGACAUGUGAUUUGUGUGAUGAUAUGACUGAGCUUGUAAGUUUGACUUUUGUGCAUAUCGAGUGGCUAAACCUCUCCUAUUGACCGACGCCCCGCCUUCUUCCCAUCCUAGAACCGACCAGUACUCAAAGAAAACCAAUACAGUUAUGAACAAUUAUAGCCAUUAUAACCGAUAUUUAAUUUGUGUGAGGAUAUGAUGAUUAUAACUGAGCGCGUGAGUUUGACUUUGUCUGCCAUAGAAAAUUAACAAACCUCACUAUAUCAGUGACAGAAAAUUGCCCGUUCUAGUUGUGUAUAACUGUGACAUUAUUUUCAAACUCCUGCUGUAUUCUUGCAUUUAUUUAAAUCUCGCAUUGACGAGUACUAAAAUGUACGAAACUCGUGUAUGACUCCGAUAUAAAUUUGACAUCUACUCAGUUGACAUUGUAAAUAUGACGCGAUAUUAAUUGCGUAGCGUGUAAUGUAAAUUUUUGUAAAACAUUUAUCUAUGUAUUUUAAAUUUGCAUUUGGUUUGUUAAUAAAUACUUGUGCAGCGUACGGGCGAUAUUGCGCCAACAAUCAAUUACAUGUCUCGGCAAUGUUCAAUUAUAAACAGAUUAUAAGCCAUCGCGAGUCGUUCGUGCAUUGCAUAAGUUCAAAUAGCGUAAUUACAUUUGUUCACUGCCCUGAAUAGGAUUGUUAUAAUACAGGAUCCAGAUGACCUUUAUAUUUGAGAAGCCCAAGUUUUAAAAGAUUUGAAAGUUUGGUACUAAAUACAUUAGCCAACAGCAGCUCUUUAGACCUACUUCGGAACAUACAAAACUCUCAAUCACCCAAUAAAAUUUUCGACCUUAAUGACUAAGGAUCGAGGUUCAGAAUCGAGUUCAGAAUUAUGAGGUUUUAUGUUGACCUAACGACCUGUGGUUCGUUAAAUGACAGCUAAUAAAGUCGUUAUCAUAGAAAAAUUACUUCUUCAUCUAUAGAUAAGAGGAAUUUUACAGAUAGUAUAAGAAAAUUAAUGAAUAUUUUCUAUAAAUUAGAAAAUAAUAAGAAGAAAAAGAAACAUUAUGGAUCGGGCAAUCUGAGAGUAACGAGCACAGGGCGAAAAAUAACAUAAAAUAUGACAAAAGUAACGUUCUUACAACGCUGUCCAUAUUAUUUAUGUAUAUUACAAGAUCUACAGUUAUUAAUCAAUAAAAUGGGUUUAAAAUGGAAAAAUCUAUAUUUUAUUUAGUUACGUGGCAGAGAAGUUGGAAAAGGUCCAAUGACAAGGUGUAAUCUUGAGUUAAUUAAUAUAACUGUGUCAAACAGACUUUCAUCAUUCAUAUUAGUUGACUUUUAACAUUAUUAGCUUUAAUGAAAUGUAUUUUGACAUUCCCGUAAUUCAUUCCAAUUAUAGAAAAAUGAAAUAUUUACAUUUUCUGGAUAUAGUUUUAGUAUCGAGAAGUAAAUAACUUUUAAUUAUAUCGACAUACACAUUUACUUAAUGUAAGAUAAACUAUUGCUAUUAAAUAUGAAAUUACACAUCUAUUCUAAAGUAUUAUAUUCUUUAAAACUUAUUGUAUUUUUUGUAUUACCUUAUAGUUUAUCAUGCGUAUAUUUAAUUACACUUUAGUUUUAAGUGUUGGCAAUCAGGAGUAUAUUAGAUAAAAAUGACAAAAAUAUCAUAAAUUGUAAAAAAAUCCUUAAGAAGUUUAAAUGAAAUCAAAUAUUGCUUUUGAUCUCAAUAAUUUGUGAAUGUUUAAUAAGUUUUGAUGUACUUAUCAUAUAAAUAUACCUGUAUAAAUUUUAUUACAUUUAUGAAUUUAUGUAAAAGUCUAUUAUAUUAAGUGAUGUUCAAAUAAAAAGAGUUUUUCUUAAAACUGUAUAUAUUUCUUGUAACAAAA